ACAGUGAGGAAACAGGAAGUGGACAAACAUUUGUUUUCAUCACCCACAAAAAAAAUGGGGGCCGCGCUGGACGUCCCCACGCAGUGUCCCCUGUGCAACGAGCUGACCCGGGACCCGGUCAUCCUGAAGUGCCAACACCGCUUCUGCUCACGAUGCAUCGGAGACUUGUGGAGCGUCGCUCCGAACGGGCCGUACCAUUGUCCAGAGUUCCGGUGUAAAACUGUGUACCAGACUCUGCCGUUCGAUCGCAGCUUCGUGCCGUCCGGCCCGAAUCCAUGGGGUGAGCCUAACAGCAGCAGCAGCAGCGCAGCCACAUCCAAUAAUCAUGCACGAAACAAAUUUGACUCUGCAUUGAGGAGGCCCUCACUCACCAGCCGACUCCUGGGGAAGAGAAAGGCCGGCACUCCUGCAUCUGAGCCACCUGAUACCAAGCGAUCAACUGUGUCCUCCCCCUGUGAGCAGUCCAAUUCCACUGAGACACCCACAACUUCCUUUUCACAUGAAUUUGGGCAGUCAUCCAAUGUGGAGACAUCCAAGGUAGAGGAGCACCCAGAAUCUUCACAGUCUGAGCAUAAUAGUGCCCCAUCCUCCGGUAAAAGGUCUGGCAGCGAGGCAAACCAGCAGAGCCAAUGUAAUUCAGAAGUCAUCACAGUCAACGAGACCGACAGCUCAGAUGAAGUUGAUAUAUGUGAGGCACCUCUUCUUGCAACCCCCAGGAAAAAGAAAGGACUUCAUGCAUCACCAAGGAAACCUGCCUCACCUGCCAAUUCUGAUUGCUCUCCUGGAGAUAAAGACAAGUCUCCUGAUCAUCCUGCCAAGCCACCUCUGCUGUUCACCAAGCAUUCUACUGCUUCAGGAUCUUCAAGUCACAAGGGCAUCUUUUCCAUGACGGAGAACAAAAAUACCAGCCCUGUGCCCUGCCAUUAUUGUCCAAAGAUGGGGUAUCAGUCUGCUGUGAAGACCUGUUUGGUGUGCGGAGCUUCCAUGUGUAAAGAGCACCUACGUCCACAUCUGGACUCUCCUGUGUUUCGGAGUCACACACUGGUUCCUCCCGUGGAGGACAUUUCUCCCUGGAGGUGCCAGGAGCACCAUGAGAUGAACAGGAUCUACUGUCGGCAGUGUGAAGUGUGUGUGUGCACGGUGUGUACUGUCAUAGGAUCUCACCGUGGCCAUGUCUGCAUCAGCAUCAGGGAGGCAGAGAGCGAGCUCAGGGGGAACCUGAAAGAAGAGAUCAAACAACUGCAAAAUGCUGAACAGCAAGUGAUGAGCAGAGUCACUGAACUUACAGAGAAGAAAGAGACUUCAAGAGUGGCUUUAAGUGAAGCACGAGAAGGAGUGCAACAGCAGUAUGGAGCCAUCAGAGAGGUCCUGGAGCAGGAGGAGCAAUCGGCUCUUCAGUGUGUGAUGAAGGAGGAGAGCAGGGUGGUGGGCUGGCUAGAGGAGAAACUCGGCCAGCUCCAAAGCUCCCUGCUAUCCAUCCAUCAAGGUCUCCACACCCUGGAGGCACUGGCCGAUAGCAAGGGAGACACACGCAUUCAGGACCAGGCCUUCAUUAAGGAGUACAGCAAGGUGGCCCAGCUUGCUAAUGACACGGCUGGUUGUGUGGAGCAAUUCGAGGUUCCAGAGGAGGUGGAUCGGGCCCGGCUGAAAUGUUUGCAGCGCUGGACAGAGAAGCGUCUUGACACACUCGCCAUCACUGAGCCUGGCAAAGACCGAGAUCUGUACAGACUUCGCUAUGGAACCAUUCCGAUCUUGGACGCAGAUACAGCCCAUUCAAAGUUGCAGCUAUCUGAGAACAACAGGAGAGCGAUCUACAGCGAGACUCAGCAGCUCUACGCUGAGCACGAAGCUCGCUUCAGCUGUUUCCCACAAGUGCUGGCCUCCUGUGCCGUGGACAGUGGCCGCUGGUACUGGGAGGUGAACGUGUCUGUGGAUGACGGCCGAUGGAAGGUGGGAGUGUGUGAGGGACAGAUAGAGAGGAAGGGCCAAAAGGACAGCUCACGUCUGGGCUUCAACGUUUACUCCUGGUGCAUCGCCUGUGACAAGAAGAAGGUAGAAGCUCAGCAUAACAAAGUGUCCGUUCCUGUGGCCGUGGACAGGCUGAACAGGGUGGGAGUGUUCCUUGACUUUGAAGAAGGCAUUUUAUCAUUUUUUAAUGUGACACCAGGGGGCAGUCUAACACUGAUGUAUUCCUACAAGCACAGCUUUUCUGAUCCCCUUUACCCGGCCUUUUCUGUGUCAAAAACACAGCUGGCCGUCUGUGAUCUGUUCCAAACAUAAUCUGUCAAACACUGACAUUUCAGUUCUGCUGUAAAUUUGCAGAAUACUCUUUUUGUACGUAGAAAAUUUUAUUCAUUAUAAUUGUUUGCAGGCACAUCAUGCCACACUGUAAAUAAUGCUAUGCUUUUGCCAACAUAUGAUUGAAUGUCAUUUGUAUGAUACUGGGAAUGCUAUCCGCUAUAUAUUAUACAUAGUACAUUCCAAAAGUUGUUUUUAAUCAGGGUUUUAAAAUUUAAAAAAAAUUAUAUCUGAAAAUUUAAAAAAAAUUAUAUCUGUGUCCAUCUGCGAAGAAAUGACAGUGUUUUUACAUGAUGGUAUCAAAUCAAUGUCUUGAAUCUUUUAUCCUCUGAGCCUUUUUUUCCCACAAAUAAAUAGUCUACGUUUCUAGAACAAGUGCAUUCUAUUUCCUGUUUAUAUUUAAAUAGAACUAUAGAGUCGUAUGCGUAUGAAUGGGUGGUGUGUUUUCUCCACAGAGAGUGCCGGUUGACAUUUUAACCAAACUCUCACUGCCUUCACCACAUGUGAGCUUUACUGAUGAUAAACACUGCCUCAGGGACAAACUCCUUAGAGCGUUACAAAUUGCUCAAGUCAAUACAUUGUCCUGUUUAUCUGUAGCCGCUGAGAUUCAUUUGUUCUGACUGAAGGUGUGUGUUUGUGUGUGUGUGUGUGCUUGAAGUCAUUUGCGAUCAGUUCCUUCUGGAGUCCUGUUAAAGCAAAAGCGUGCCAGUGGUUUAGGAACAGCUGGCCACGGAUCAAGGUUGAUCCACACACGUUGACUAAGAAACAAAAGCUUCAGGAUCUACAGUAUGAAAUGAACUACUGAAAGUCUUAAAUAAGCUCGAGCACAAUCAUUCAGGGUGAACUGAUCUUUGUACAGACCAAGGUCCAGUUGGUUAUAUUUUGUUGUUUAAUGCCUCGUUUUGAUUCAAAAAAUAAAAUAAAAA